AUGUCUUCCCGCCGCCACCUGGUAUCACGCUCCCGCGUGAACAAUCAAGAAUCAUCUCCAGCUCCGCGCGGAAGUGGAAGUGGAAGUGCCCGCCAACGCGAUGCGCCUGCUCGUCAACCAGUCGCUCUUCCCCCAUAUGAGCCUCCCAGUUUUCCUCUAACGCAGGCCGCACAACGCGAUCUCGACAGUCUGCGGACAAACCAUGACUAUUCCAAGUACAAGAAGCAUCUCGGGGGUGCGAUCAAAGCCAUAACAACCUGCGCUACGGAAAUCAACGAUCAGCUUACAAUCCGCCAGGAUUUGGUCCGCAGAGGCGAGGAAAAGAGACGUCAGGCAGGCCAGGGCGACGAAGAUAAGACCGAAAUGCAGAACGAGAUGGAGAGCCAGGCUAGAUUCAUGGAGAGGAAAGUCGUCGACUUGACUGCUAAGGCAGAGAAAUCACUGCGCGAGCUGAUUGAUUAUGGUGACGAACUUGCAAUGCAAGACGCCAUGAUGACCGAGGUCAGUGGCAAUAUAGCUGCGGUACCUGUCGUUCAGCCUCGCGCGUCUAGACAUCGGAGAGCAAGGGGUGAUGGAGAGGACGAAGAAGAGAACGGGGAAGAAGACGCAAGCCAAGACGGCGAUGGCUCUCCCGCUGAUGACCAAGAGGUUCUCAGUGCUGUCGAGCUUCUGCGGAAAGCCAAGCAGGACUAUCUUACCCAGUACUCGUCGAAAACCAUGUUGGAAAGAUAUGAUGUGAACGAUUUCAGGCUGUUCAAACAGGUUAUUCAUGAUGCUCAACAUCCUGGUGAUGACGCGCCCCCAGUUCCUCACACAAGGACAUGGUUCCCAGAGGACAAUGCCACCCAAGGGUCUAGCUCUCGCAGACGUCGAAAUAACACUACGGAUAAUACAAGCAAUGCCGACGAUUCUGAUGGUGAUAUAGUCAUCCAAAGAGCGACAACGAACUUGAGGUGCCCAUUCACCUUGGGGAUCUUCGAGGAACCAUUUACUAGCAAAAAAUGCAAACAUACCUUCGAGAAGAAAGCCAUCCUACGCUAUAUCGAAACCGAUGGUAGCCAGUUUGCGACUCCUGGUCAGCCUGGGCGUGGGACAAAGCAGGUCAAAUGCAUUACAACAGGUUGUGAUGUUAUGCUUGGGCCCAAUGACUUCUACGAUGAUGCAGUCAUUCGUCGGAAGGUUAAGCGUGCAAUGAAACGAGAGGAAUUAGGAGAUGAAGAUGACGAAGACGAUGCUCCUAUAAAGAAGCGCGCAAUGUCCAUCAACGACGACAGUCCCUCACCCACUAAUGGCGAUGAUGAUGGAAAAAGACAGAAAAUUGCAAGGAUAAAGAGAGAGAGACAGAAGAGUCAGGGCCCAAGUAUGGCACCUAACCGUCCAACAGAGCUGUCAAACGAUGAUGUUGAAGCUAUGGAUGAGGAGUGA